CAAAAUGGGAAACAUCGCUGUAGCAGUUUCUCUCUGCUGCACCUACUGUCUACGUGGACUUUAACGCCAGUUGAUCGUCUACUGCCCCAUGGAACGUAGUCUGUGUCGUUAAUCUUAAGGUAUUUGUUUAUCGCCUUUAACAAUAGCGAUACUCAGUGAGAUUAUGUACAAGUAUCAAAGCCCUUUGUUUGAUAGAUCUUUUGAGAAGCCCAACGCCGAAAUGCGAUUUCUGGGCAAUGGAAAAGUGUUAUGGAACUUGACAAAGAGCUCCAUCACACAUCAGUCGCCCAAUGCGCUUGCCAAGCUGCAUCCCGCCAGCUACAGCAGCAGGAAGGAACCCCCCGCACCAUCAUCAGAGCCUAAGUCUUCUAAAGCUGCACAGAAACAAAAUCUCUUGACUUACCACGUCCUACCGCUUGAAGAGACGUUGAAUCGUUUCAUUAGCACCGUCGAGCCUCUGCUGACCCCUGAAGAACUUAAACUUCAAAAGAAAAUCACUGAAGACUUCAAGUAUAAAGAGGGCGACAAGUUACAGACACUCUUGGAGGAUGUGGGCAGCGCAGAGAAGAAUUGGUUGGCUCAUCGCUGGCUUAAGACCGCUUAUUUACAAUAUAGGUCUCCAGUUACUGUCUACGUUAGCCCUGGAAUGACUUUUCCAAGGCAAAAGUUCAAAGAUGCGCAUGCUGUUGUCGAAUACACGUCCAAAGUUAUCUUUGGCCUGGGCGAGUUUAACGACAUUGUGCAUGACGAAAAGAUCCCCGUCGUGAAGAUGGGAAAAAAUGAGCUGGACAAUGGACAGUUUGGCAAAGUAUUUGGCACUUGUCGCAUCCCAAAACGAAUUACAGACGAGCUUGUCUAUAACCCCUGUUCCAACUAUGUGGUUGUCAUUCACAAGAAUCAUUUCUACAAAAUGCGACUCUACAAUAAGGAGGGAAAGCUGAUUGCCGCUCGCCUUCUGGCCAGCCAGCUGGAAGAGAUUAUUACCAAGGAGACAACACCUGGGGUGCCCUACGGCAUUCUGACCACAGACUCGCGGGACAAUUGGGCCGAGGCUUACGAGCAAUUGUCAUCAUUUCCAGGAAACAAAGCCACCCUUGACGCCAUCCAAGGGGCUUUGUUCACUGUAUCGAUAGAUGAAUGUAUCGAUCUUCCAGAAAGUGAAGAGACCAACGAACUGAUUCUGGGGCUAAUCCAUGGUGGCGGCAGUAAGGUGAAUAGCGGCAACCGUUGGAUGGAUAAGACUAUUCAAUUAGUUGUGAAUCCCAAUGGAAAUGUCGGUUUCACCUACGAGCACUCUCCUGCUGAGGGCCAGCCCAUAGCCAUGAUGAUGGACUAUGUGGUGAAGAAGAUGAAGGAGGAUCCAUCCUUUGGCGAAUGCGGUGCUACGGACAACUUCACUCCCGCUGAGAAGCUUAAAUUUUGUCCUAUUAACGAAUGCAUCGACCAAUGGUUGUUCAUUGCGAAGCAGAACAUUGACAACCUCGCGUAUCAACUGCAAAUGAAGGUGCUCAAAUUUGAAGGCUAUGGAAAGGGCUUCAUCAAGAAACAGCGCCUGGGACCUGACAGCUUUGUGCAAAUGGCGUUGCAGCUGGCAUUCUUCAAAAUGCACAAUGAGCCAGCGGCACAAUACGAGUCGGCCCAUUUGCGUAUAUUCGAAGGCGGGCGUACGGAAACCAUACGGUCGUGUUCCAAUGAAUCUUUGGCGUUCUGUCUCGCAAUGCAGGACGACAAAGCCACGAACAAGGAGCGUGAAGACAAACUACGAGCGGCGGUAAACAGCCACCAGGCCUAUACGAGGCUAGCUUUACAAGGAAAAGGUGUCGAUCGCCAUCUGCUCGGGUUGAAACUGAUGGCCCAGGAGAACGGCGAGCCCAUCCCGAAGUUCUUCUCUUCGCCGGGAGUCGUCAAGUCUUCGCACUUUCGCAUGUCCACUUCGCAGGUGGCCACGAUUUAUGAUGCCUUUAUGGGCUAUGGACCUGCUGUGGAUGAUGGGUACGCAUGCUGCUAUAACCCACGUGAACAGGACAUCAUCUUGGCUAUAUCUGCCUGGCGCCACUGCCAAACGACAGAUCAUUUAAGAUUCGCCAAAAUCCUGGGACAGUCCUUCUUGCAAAUGAAAGAUGUAUUAGAGAAGUGCGAUAAGCCAAGAUCCAAAUUGUAGUGUCUAUGCAUACAUAUUUCGGCAAGUUAUAACACUUUUGGAGAAAGAUCUAAAUCCUUGUCUUGGCAAGGCUGGCAAGGCACAACUUUUCACAGCUAAAAUAACGGAAAUUUUCAAUAUAAACGAUAUACUCUACUAUAUUUACACUA